AUGAUUUGUGAUGGUUAUUCUUUAUUAAGACAAACUAUUUUGGGACAGCACAACAAUUUAGCACCUCUGGAACAACAAGCACUGUCAAGUUCCGAAACAUUUUUGCAUACUGAUUUUCCCAUGCCAUUUGCUCAAAGUCAGAGCAACAGCAACAGCUCAAAAACUUUCGAGUGGUUGCCUUUUGGUUUUCCUUAUUCUGUAUUUUCAAGCAAGCUUCUUCUUCAUUUACAAUAA